AUGGUAGGAUCGGGAGGGCGCCUGUCGGCCGCUGCGCCCGCUCGAGAGCGAUCGCUGCCGCCGACCAGCAGUGGUGUCAGGGAUGCGCAAGGGCCGCAUGAAGCGAGGAAAGCGCCCGCAAAAGUGACGACCAUCCAGGAUACCCCCUAUUUCACGCCGGCGCAGUGUGAGCGCCUACAGGCCCGCGCGCGCGGCCACCACACGUCAGCGGCCAAGUGGGACCAAAUGCGCAUGGCGGCGUGUUCCUUUAUUGCGGCCGUGGGCGCGAAGCUCGGCUGGCGCGGCGAGUGGCGCCUGUGGCGAUUGGAUCGCACACGCAACAGUGCCCGAGAUGGACAUCGAUGUCGACGCCAUACAGCAGGAGCAGGCUCGUCUCGUCGCGCUGGAACGACUGCUGCUACAGUGUAUCUGCUUCCAUUUUCAGCCGCGCUCGCCCUUGAUCCUACGGUGGACCAUCAAGGUGGCCCGGUACUGGCAGAGUACGUGAUGUCCACUGACGCGAGUUCCGAAGCAGGAUGCCGACCUGGUCUGGCGCACUGCGUGCGACAGGACGGUACGACGCGCCUCGCGGACCUCUUUGUCGAGCCUCGUACGUGGCUGUCUGCAUGGUCGACGAGCAUGGAAGCAAUCCAGGAUGUGGCACUGCACCUACUGCACCUGUAUGGAAUGCACGCGCCGUCGCUGACUAUGGACCAACGCAGCGACCGCGCUGUACCGUUGCAUGUGACGUAUCCGCCGCCUAUGAGCCUUCUCGCAUGGGCAGCGUGCAGCCCGACGGAGACGCUAGGCGCGCGCGUCACACAGGCGCAGAUCUGGAUUCGGCAGCAGCCCAUGGCGCCAGGGACGCGCGAGCAACAUGUGCGGGUGGCGCGUAACGACGAUGCACUACCCUCGACCAUGUACUCGGCGCACCCCGACGAUGGUGGCCGUUCAGUCGCGACACGGUACAUACUGUUAUCAUGA